UUUUGUCUACAGACGUUGUCGAGACUCGAGAGACGAGAACGCAUUUGUACGCGCUCUCGUUAAUCAAUCAGUGAAUUUUAUCCACUCGGUGUCGUCAUAAAACAACUAGUAAAUGCAAUUUAUAACCAACAUAAGGCUACAAGUUGCACUUGUUAAAAUAAAAGACAAAAAUAAGACAAGGACCAAUGUGUUAUUUAGUGUAAAUUUUAAAGCUCCAAAUUCUUUGGAUUCUUUUAGUUUACAAUUUACAUGUUACUCAAUCAAACAUAUCCAUUAGUGUUCCUUACGAUAGUGAAUCUAUAAAUACAUAAUCCCAUGCUGUGGAAAAUCCUAGUUUUAAUUGACCAUCGUUUCUCGCGCCCGUUAGUUUGUCUUCCGAUUCACACAUUUAAUUAAAAGCAAACGGCGUCUUCACUAUCUACGAACAAUACGUUUUCAAUGCAACCCCCUUUAGUUAUUAAGCAGGGGUCGAACGUGAGCCAGGUUGGCAUGCAACCUGGCAUGGUCACAGUGCCUAUGACAGUAAACUCAAGCAUGUCGGGUUCAAUACCGAACGUGAUGACCAUCAACAAGCCCGGCGCGCAGAACGUCGUGGUCACAUCUCAAAAUCUGGGCUCAGGGGCACCUGCUAUGAUGCCAAAUGUUCAGAUAUUGAAUAUGAGACCCGGAGCGCCUGGGGCGGUCGCCGCUCAGAAGUCCGUAGCGGCGGUGUCACCUCGAGUGGUCAUCGGGACACCACAAGUCGUCGGCACUAGAGCUUCUACACCCGGUAUAACACUGCAAACACUACAAAGUCUUCAGCAAGGGCAGCAGGGUCAUUUGUUGUUAAAGACUGAGAACGGUCAAUAUCAGCUGUUGCGGGUGGGGCCCGCUCCAGCUACUGGCAAUAUGACCACACCGCAGGCUCAGACGCUAAGACUGUCCACUGUGCCCGCACAUGCCGGUGUGCCAACGGUGUCAACAAGUGUGCCCCCGCAAGGCCACCAAGGCCAGAUGCCCGGGCUGCCUCAAGCGCCUGUUGCAACGCCUGUUGUGCCUUCCUCAGUACAAAGUGUUCAAACGGCCAUGCCACAGACAAUUCAGCCUACUGUAUCUACACAGAAACCACUGGACAACACGAAAGAGAAAUGUCGCAACUUCCUCGCAAAUCUUCUAGACCUGUCAAGUAAAGAACCAAAAAGCGUAGAAAGAAGUGUGAGGAGUCUCAUCCAGGAGCUGAUUGAUGCUCAAGUGGAACCUGAAGAGUUCUGUGACCGCCUCGAGAGACUGUUGAACGCUAGCCCACAACCCUGCCUUAUUGGUUUUCUAAAGAAAAGUUUGCCACUGCUGCGUCAGUCGCUUGUGACCAAAGAGCUGGUGAUAGAGGGCAUCAACCCGCCGUCGGCACACGUGGUCUUCCCAAAUAUGCCGUCCGGAACACAAAAUGUGGUGGCCGCUACCACCAAUGUGCAAAUGCCGAAAAUCCCUGCCAAACCUGGCAGCGCUAUAGCCGUGCUGCAAAACAUACCGGUGCAUGCUAAACUGAAUGUGUCGAAGGUGGGAAAGACCAUGACGGUGAACAGUAAGGCUGGGUUCAGUAGACCCACGGUGACGUCUGCAGGGUUAGCUACGGUGUUGACCGGCAAGUCCAUACUGAAAGAGAAGGAGAAGAAAUCAGCCAUUAGCUACUCGCAGCCGUUUGCUGAUGAUAAAAUGGCGGGCGAUGACGAUAUCAACGACGUGGCGGCCAUGGGUGGAGUUAAUUUGGCGGAGGAAAGCCAGAGAAUACUCGGCUCAACCGAGCUCAUUGGGACACAGAUAAGGUCCUGUAAAGACGAGUACCUAGUGCCGAUGAGUCUGAUGCAGGCACGGAUCAAGGCUGCCGCUGUCAGACACGGCCUAGAGGAGCCCUCCCCAGAAGUGGCGGGUAUAGUCAGCCACGCGGUACACGAACGAUUAAAAACGAUUGUAGAGAAACUAGCUGUGGUGGCACAGCAUAGGAUUGACAUGAUCAAGACGGAUCCGCGUUACGAAGUGACACAAGAUGUGAAGGGGCAGAUAAAGUUUCUGGAAGAGUUGGAUCGCGUUGACAAGAAGAGACGCGAAGACUCCGAGAGGGAAAUAUUGCUGCGUGCUGCUAAGUCGCGCUCCAAGAACGAAGAUCCGGAACAAGCGAAGCUGAAGGCUAAGGCAAAGGAGAUGCAACGCGCUGAAUUGGAGGAGCUUCGUCAGCGAGAGGCCAAUCUCACGGCGCUACAGGCCAUAGGGCCGCGCAAGAAGCCGCGUAUUGACGGGCCGGCAGAGGCCGCUAGCUCCGGCAACUACAGCGCUGGCGGAUUUUCCGGUCGCAGUCAGCUAGCUCUCCGCACGCGUCUCAAACGCAUCAACCUCCGAGACAUGAUAUUCCUGAUGGAGCAGGAGAGAGACACAGCACACUCCUCUCUUCUCUACCGCAGUUAUCUAAAAUGAUUUUAAACACGCGCGCACGGCGUACACAUAGUUGACCUAACAACGACAUAUUUUGAUGACGUUAUACGUAGGCCGAUUCCGCUAAAUAAUCGACAACCAGUGCAGCCUCGAUAGUAGUAUUUUAAUUUUAUUGUCUCUUUACAAUGAUACUAUACACCA